AUGGCUGACAGCCAGGGUGGCGCAAAGGGCACUGAGGCUGCGGCAGCCGAGCGCCGGCUUGUGGUGCGACGGGCUACUGGUGAGCUGGCCGUGUUUCGCGCCCCCGAGGGCCUGCCACGACGCAAGCCCAAGACAGUCUUGGAGGAGGACGACUACGUUGCCGCACUGGAAAAGAUUAUUGAGCGUGACUUUUAUCCCCAACUCCCUCAGCUGCGAGCACAGGAAGAGUAUUUGCAGGCUUUGGAAGCCAACGAUUUUGAACGUUUGCGGGACAUUUCUCGCCGCUACGGCACCCCCGGGGUAGGCAGCACGGCCAGCUCGCGCCGAACCACACCUAGUAGGGCAGGCGGAUCCUUUGAGACGCCUCUACCCGGCGCACGUCAGGAUGCUGCCUCUCCUUGGAGCCGUGCCGGCACGCCCGGCAUGCGCAGCGGGAGCGACUUGCACCUGCCUGGGGCUGAAGGCGGCACCGAUGGUGCUGACAGUGUCAGCGCUGCUGGCAGCAAUCGCAAGGCAGACGAUAAACCCAGUGCGGAUACCACUUUAUCGCUGGACCGAUUCCUGGACAAGUAUACCUCCGAAGAUAACGACUCGUUUGACCAGAUUAUUGAGCAGACCAACUUGCGCCUUCGAGCCCAGUUUGAGAGCCUCUUUGGGCGCGCAGAAGAGCAGGCACAGCGCCUGGCACUGACAGACGGUGACAAGGAUGCCUACAAGUCUUACUUUCUCGACCAUUGGCGUCACACCCCGCGCAAUCAGCUCAUGUGGGCGCCCUCCGAGAAGACCCCGACAGCCAAGGAACUGAUUGCACUUUCAAAACGCAAGCAAAACGUUAUUCAACACGCCAACACGCGCUUCACUCGCGCUCCCUUUCCCACAACUGGCUCAAGUAACGGAACGAAGACUGGCACCAAGACGGGCGCCAGCCAACAUGGCGUGGUCAUUCUCCGAGACGAUGGCAACAAACCUUCGGUGCACGCCCGCCACACACCGUCUAGCAGUACGGAUGGGACGCCGGCUGUCAAUGGCUACAAGUUUGUGGCCACCCCCUCGCCUGUGCCCGGCCAGGACUUGGAUCCAGACCUGACUUGGGGUGAGAUCGAUGGGACACCAUUCCGCCUGGAUGCAGGGGAUGUACCGCUGCAGUCGGGCCCAGCCUUUAACAUACCCGAGCCCUCGGCACGCGACCAGCUUGGUCGUCGCCUGGCAGAGGACACGGCAGCCAAGCGUCGCAAGAUGCAGCAUGCCGCGCAGGCGCGCACUCGUGCUGGCUCCGUCGAGCACUCCAGUCGACAUACCCCGGCAGCCCGUCGCCUGGCAUCAAUGUCACCGGCCGCUCAGCAGCUUGCUCGACGCUUGGGCACCAACCGCUCGUCUUCCAGCUCCUUGAAUUCUGCACUGCGGCGAGCUACGAGCUCGGCGGGCAACCGAGCACUUGGCACGCGCUCGACUCCGCGGGUGACCCCACGAGGCACCCCCUCCCUCCGAACGCCUCAGGGUACUCCGCGUGCUGACGCCAAACGACAGCACAGCAAGGAUUCUGGACACGAAGCUGCGCCUGCAAGCUUGCCUACCGAUAGCACGUUGACCGACAAUCUGUUGUAG